AAAGGUUACUAGGAAAAUUUGCUGCUAAGCAAAGAUAGAAAUAUACUUAUCACAGACUUUGGUUUUGCCAAUCGCUUUCAAAUUGAACAUCAAGAUCUUAUGGCUACUUCAUGCGGUUCUCCUUGUUAUGCAGCCCCAGAACUUGUCAUAAACGAUGAUGAUAAUAACCACUAUGUUGGCACUGCAGUCGACAUUUGGUCAUGCGGUGUCAUCUUGUUUGCUAUGCUUUGUGGCUAUUUGCCCUUUGAUGAUGAUCCUAACAAUCCUCAAGGCGCGAAUAUUCACUUGUUGUACAAGUAUAUAAUUAGUACUCCACUUGAACUACCCACUUCCAUGAGUGAAGAUGCAAAAGACUUACUUCGUCGUAUGUUGGUGCCUGAUCCAAGAAAUCGCUGCCAAAUGAACGACAUCUUGGAUCACCCCUGGCUUCAAGAUUAUCAUGAUCUUUUACAUAAAUCGAUGGAAGAACUCGAGCAAAUGGCUUCGGACACUCGGUUCACUCUUUCCGUAUCACCCAACACACAGACAAACAUAUCGGAAUCUCGGGAACAGGAUGUGCAAGAGCAUGGGGCCAUUUGUGUUACCAAUACCGAUGAUGUCCCUUCGCUGAUCGUAGAAGAAAAAGAAGAGGAAGAGGAAGAGGAAGAAGAAGAGAGCCACCCAUCGACACCAGAAGAACAGCAAAAGACGACCUUAUUUCAAUCAAAAUUCUUUUCAGCCAUUUCUAGACAUGUCUCGGUCAAAAUACCACAAUUUAACAAUAUACCAACACGAUCUCAAAGUGUUCAAGCUCGUCCAAGGACUAUAAGUGACAUACAGCCUAAACCUCAAGCAUUUGAUAUUUUACCUUCUGUCUCUGAGCAGACCACGAUUCAAAAGAAAUCAAAAGGACAGAAAUUGAAGGACUGGUUCAAACGAAAGAAUACACCAAGUACGAAAUCAACCAUCGAGCGACUAGGCUUACCCGAGAGACCAUUGAGUACGAUCAACCCUAUCCGUGCGAUGCCCAUUGGUAAACCACUGGGUUCCUAUGCAGCUGACUUUAAUGAUUCUAAACUCCGAGUACAUCGAGGAGCUGUAGAUCAAGAUGCGCUUACAUCCAAAGCACCUAAUGAAGUGUUAUUUACAAUCAAGGAAGCACUCACAUUUAUGGGUAUUUCUAUGAAAAGAGUGCAUGAUUUUAAGAUUAAAUGUAUUCGACCUUCACGUCAACAACAACAACAAUUACAACUACAACAACAACAACAACAAAAGAGGACAUCAUUAAAAUUAUUCUUUCAUCAUAACUUGCAUAACAACAACCAUAUUAAUAAUAAUAAUAAUAGACAUAAAGGAGAGACAAUGUAUGGAGAACAAGGCAUUGAUAGUGGAGAACAAGUUCAAUUUACGGUUGAAUUAUCCAAGAUUGAAAAUUUACCUGGUUUAUAUGUAGUUGACAUACGUAGGAUUAGAGGUAACAUAUGGGCAUUCAAAUUCCUAUAUCACACCUUAUUGGACCUAUUGGAUUUAAGAAAUGGCGGCUAUAUGGCUCAUAGAAGAGUCUCCUUUGAUGAAAAACAAAAUCGUAUCAGUUAUUUAACCACAAGUACUCAUUCAACCAAUGAUUUCUAUUAGUCAAAAGUCAUAUCGGACAUUAUAAUAUUAUAUCUCGAGCCAAUAAAAAAUAAAGAAAAUUGUGUGCUUAAAGACGCAAUGUUCGCAAGGUUGUUUCUUUACAAGCAAAAGUUUAUAUCAAAGAUAUCUGACAUCUCUUUUUUU